AUGAGCUGGCUAUUCGGCAAAAAGAAAACCCCAGCAGAGCUGCUGCGUGAGAACAAGCGCAUGCUGGACAAGGCCAUCAGAGAUCUUGACAGGGAGAGGGUGGGACUGCAGACACAGGAAAAGAAGCUCGUUGCAGAGAUCAAAAAGACCGCCAAACAGGGCCAGAUGGAUGCUGUGAAAGUGAUGGCAAAGUCUCUGGUGCGCAAUAGGCAUGCCGUGACCAAAAUGUACGGCCUCAAGUCCCAGCUGCAGGCAGUAUCCCUGCGGAUAGCGACGCUGAAGUCCACUCAGGCAAUGGCGGAUGCAAUGCGCGGAGCCACAAAGGCCAUGGGCGCCAUGAACAAGCAGAUGAACCUGCCUGCCCUGACCAAGAUCAUGCGCGACUUUGAGCGCCAGAACGAGAAGAUGGAGAUGACCAGCGAGAUGAUGGGCGAUGCUGUGGACGAUGCCUUCGAGGGAGAUGAGGAGGAAGAGGAGACAGACAACCUGGUGAACCAGGUCCUGGAUGAGAUUGGCAUCAACCUCGACGAGCAGAUGGUUGCCGCCCCUGGCCAGAAAGCAGCAGAACCGCAGGCAGAGGCCAUGGGUGCUGGCGCGGGUGGCGGCCCCGGUGAAGGAUCUCACGCGCCGCCGCCAGCUGGCGAUGGAAUAGACCAGGACCUCCAAGCGCGCCUGGACAACCUGAGGAAGACCUAG